GUUGUUGAUCUGUCAAAAAAUCAAAACAAACAAGAAACGAAGGAAUUUUCAUAAUUUUCAUCACUUUUCUACAUUUUAAAAUGACUUCUACCUCUUCUACUUCUGCAAAAUUGUUGUUCCAAGACAGUAAAAAGCGUCUGGCUGAUCGGAUAGCGGUGAAUUUGAACAAUGCGGGCUCUGUGGCACGACAAGUGUUUCGAGGAUCAAAAUCAAGUGAAAUCCUGAUGCAAACAGCAAAAUCCUUCGCACAAAUGGAAUCCACAAUGGACAACACAUCACAAACACUGAAAAAAAUGGAAGCCAUCCACCAACAGCUCGGAUAUCAAUAUGAAGCCAUGAACGACGCUUGCAACCAUUUAGAUUUCGUAAAAGAACAGGUCGGCGCAAUGCAAAGAUGAAAUUCGGCCUCUUCUGAGGAAAAACCUUCAAAAUGAUUCCCUAUGAAAAAUUGAUAUUAGAAAAAAAUUGAAGCCAAAUGAUCAAAAAAACGAGAAAAAAAUUCAUUUAAUUUUUCUUUAUUUUCAUAAUCGAUUGAAUUAAAUUUAUUAAUUUGAAUGAUAAAGUCAAAGUUAUUUUUUUUUGUGUUUGAAUUAUAUUUAAUAAUUAAUUAUUAUUAUUAAUUAAAACUAUUUUUUAUUACAUUAGAA